GAAUGUAGCACCGAGCGCUUCGAGGACAGAGGUGCUUUCGCAGGAGGACCUCGUCGACUAUUCUGACCAGGAGGCUCCCGUGAAGAUUCAGCAGCAACUUCCCGGUUCAGAGCAUUGGCACACUUCCCGGCCAGCUUCAAGCGAGCGGCUUGAGGCUUUCCAAGCCUUGCAGCGAUUGCACCAAAGGAAGGACUUCUCUGGCUCGCCAGAUGGUGUGGCCAGUCAGGUGAUGCCAGCAUUCUUGGCAUCAACUGCCCAGUCCACAUUCUAUGAGACUCAGGCCGGCAAGGCUGGAGCAGACGUUUCUGGGCGCCGCCUCAGGUCGGAGUUGACGAGUGAGGAGGCCUUUUCAACACUGCGCGCCGAUGCUCGGCGCCUUUUGGCUGCCAGGCGAUCGUCUGACGUCACCGAGCCUGAACUGGAAGCAAAGGUGAAUGACUUCCUCAAGCGAUCCUGGGCAAACAUCGUGACAAAUGCGACAGUGCCACCACUCGACCGCCCAAUUUCAGGAGGUGAUGGUGCGGAGCAGCCUCCCAAAAAGCGUGAUGCCAAAGGCACUGGAUCGAAGGACCUCGUCCUUGCUGACCUCCUGCAGGUCCAGCACGAGCAGCCGGCCGGCGUGCCUUGUCACAAUCAAAGUGCCUUCGAGGGCGAUUUCAGGUCGUGCUUGCAAGCAUGGGAGUUUGCGAUAAUCGCCGUGAAAGCGCUAGGCGUGGCUCCGGAGACCCCUCGCGUCGCUGUCGCUGCCGAUGGCGAGGCGCGACGGCGCUAUGCGGAGACAGCUGCUUUGGACGAGGUCGUCAUCGGCUGGCACGCGGGCUCUGCGGAUCCAACGCCCAUCCGGCUUGUGAGAAAAGGAAAGGAAUUGGUGCAGGGAGAAGUCUUCGAAACACAAAGUGACGAAAUUCGUAGGGAGUACCCAGAUGCUCCGAUUGCCAAAGCCCACCGCGCCAAGUACAACUGGGUUGCAGAGACCGCAGGGAACCGCUUUACAAGAGAUCCCACAAAGAUGCUUCCCGUAGUGCGCACAUCGGGAAUGAUUGGGAAAUGGUGUUGCGACGUCUGUGGCAAGACCGCUUGCGGGCAGUUGUUUGUCUUCCGAGCAUUUCUCCGAAAAGAGCAUUUACGUGGUUCCACAGACAGGCGCUUAGAUACGUUCGUGGCCUACAUCUCCUUCCGCUGCGGCCGCGGCUUGUUGGGACAGCUCACGGAGUACACGCGCUUCAAAGAAGAGGUUUACAGCCUGACUACAAGCGCGGUGGAUAUCGAUGAUGCUCGUUCUCAGUUGGAAGAGUCCAUGCGUCGCAGCAGCCGCGAGGACCGGCAGUUUCUGAUUGACGAGUUGGAAAGACUGGCUGGAGUUGGUGUUUUCGGCGCCACCAAGACGGCAGAGAUGGAAUCUGUGGAGCAGAUGAUGCCUGGUCAAGGCAUGGUUCUCAUGCGCAGUGCCGAGGACGUUUUCCGCGCGAUGGCUCGGACCCUUGCGCCACGUGUCAACGCACGGCUUCUUGCAGCCGCGGCCGUGGCAGUUACGGAGGAAGCGCAGCUGGAGGGCUACCUGAAAGGUGCCGCAGCGAGCCUCGGGGCCGGUGGGCCGUUGCCGCAGGCCCCUUUGAGGUCAUCGUUCCGGGAGGUGGUCAACUGCAUCGAAGCCGUACUCCGUGCUUCUAACGGAGAAGAUGCUGGCUGCCUGCGAGUGGAGCUGGCGUGUUCUUGGGACUCCAGCAUCAAGGCGUUCGGUCCUGCCAAAGCCGCUGUGACCAUUCGCCUUGGCUACCUGCAAGCGAGGAAGGCGUUGCAUGCAUUUGCACCGUCGGCAAGGCUAUCCAAAGAAGAGGCCUCGGCGCUGCAGCAUCGUCUCGAGCAGGUGUCUGGGGCCCUUGCAGCUGCGCCGCAUGCAGCGGAAACAGACCGGCGCCUGAGCGGAGCGCCAGCCCCACUGCCGGCCACCCUCCGCCCUCGCCAUAUCGGCCGGGCAGAGAGUUUGGGUUAUGGUUGGCAUGCUGCUGACUGGGCACAGAGGCUGAAGGCGGAACGUUGCGACAUAUCUGGGACGUCGUCUUGUACCAAGCAUCACGCAGCUGUUGCUCAAGAUAGGUUGAGCUGCAGAAUUGCCUGCAGAUAG